AAUUAUUAUAACUGUUCUCCAGAAAUGGAAUUAGGAGAAGAAUCAGUUGGGCCCUCUGUUGAUCGGCCAUGCGGCUGCAAAGGAGUUCGUUCGUGUGGCUUGUGCGAGGCUUCUGGCGCUCAGAAGGAGCUUCAUGUCCGAGAUCACGUUGGCGAGCACAGCAUAGGCCCGGUGCUGCAGCUUUGUGCUGAUUGCUGGCGAACGUUUCCAGCCUCAGAAAUCAGAGAGAAUGUAGAAACCCAAUCGUGUCGGAGGCAUGCGGAGUUUGAAGCGAUCUUGCGCGGCGUUCGUGUGUAUCCGCAGUUUGUCAGCGAAGAAGAAGAACAAUCCAUUAUGGAAUGUAUAGACAAUAGCCCGUGGAAGCCAUCACAAUCUGGUCGUAACAAACAGGACUACGGGCCUCGGCCGAACUUCAAGAAGCGCCGCGUCAAGGUGGGCAGCUUCUGCGGACUGCCGGCGUUCAGCGACGCACUUCUUCGGCGCAUGCACGGUACGGACAGCCCGGCCAACGCUGCUGCUCUUGAUGGUGGCUAUGGGCUGAGCAGUUUUGAACCUGUUGAACAGUGUCACUUGGACUACGACCCACAGCGCGGUUCAGCCAUUGAUCCGCAUCGCGACGACCAGUGGCUGUGGGGAGAACAACUGGUCACCGUGAAUCUGCUCUCCGACUCCGUUCUGACGUUCACCCUGGAGGAGAAGGACCUGGACGUGCUGCGAGACUUUCCCGUCGCGUACGCGUCCUGCCGCGAUGCUCUCGAGACACGGGACGCGGCGAGAUCCUGCUGUGGACGGCCGGCUAGCACGCGCGAUGCUGCGGAUCCCUGUUGCCGUGAUCCUGUGCCGCGCUGCUGCAAUGCUUCCAGUCCCAGCAGCAGCAGCAGUACGGGCAUUCCUGCUGGUGGGAGCAACGGACAAGAGACUAGUGCGGAAUUGUGCUAUCAUCAAACAACCGAUAGUGAUUCCCGUGGGCCGCUCCAAGAGAAACCUGGGCCACUAUUGCAACUGGCAGCUUCGUCAUACAGAUCGGAUGCUGAGUCUGCUGAAAGCGACGCACUGCUGACAAAGCCUGCACCGAAAUCUGUAACUGGUGGAUCGACAGCUCAAGCAGCAGCAGGCGGUAGAAGCCGUGACCGUGACACUUCGCACAACCACUCGGCGAGUACGCGCUCUGUGUGCACCGUGGAGGUGCCCAUGCCGCGCCAUUCGCUCCUCGUCGUCGAGGGCGACGCUCGUCACCGCUGGCUGCACGCUGUCCGUCGCCAACAUGUCCUGUCACGACGUGUCGCAAUCACCUAUCGCAAUCUGGGCGCCGAGUUCUGCGACUCCGGACCGCAUGCUGGUGUCGGCGAUCAGCUGCGGCUCAUUGCCAAGAACUUCUCCGGAGUGCCAAGUACUUGAUUAGCACCAGGGAGUAGUGAAAUACCGGUAUUUUAUUACUGCCUGAUUAGCACGGUGGCACCGCGUACCGGUGAACACUCCGUUGUUGUCUUGUCACCGACAUUCCCUGAUUUUUUUUACUUUCUGGAAUUUCUUUUUAUCUUUUGUCCUUGCUCAGCUGGCCUGAGCCAAGGAGUGGGAAUAAUGUGCCAUACAUGAAGUACAAGUACCACUACAAGUACUAUACUAUCUAUAGAAGCCUUGCUUGUGACAUCUCGAAAUGAAGAAUGACAUAUUCUAGCCGAAUACAAAGUUUUAUCAUGAUUUUCAAUAGAUUCGACUGUAGUGUAUAGCAUUUUCUGUGAGGAUUUUUGACAUGGAACAUCCCUUUGCACUUCAGUCCAGACUGGCAUCGCACUUUCACCAGCCCAUCUGUUGCAGGUAUUCAGGGCAUGGGAAAGAGUAGGGAGUAUUAAAAAAAAACGUUUGGCUUUCUAGUGCUGCUUCAGCAAGAGUAUAAGCUCCCUGUUUGUAUGGGUAUGAGCCAGAGAGCAGUAAAAAUGUAAAA